AUGGCUGAGUCCACGGGUCACUUACUUAUAUCUGGUGACUUCAAUUUACAUGUUGAUGACCCCUGUAGCAUCUCUGCAAACCGCUUUAAUGAAAUUCUUGAAUCUUGCAACCUAAAACAACACGUCACUGGAGCAACUCACGCUAACGGACACACUUUGGAUCUUGUAAUUUCUAAAAAAGAUAAUCCUCUCGUUACUGAAAUCAAGAUUUUCGACCCUGUAAUCUCAGAUCACUGUACGGUUCAUUGUAGCCUGCGUGUACAAAAACCGCAUUUCACGAAGAAAAAGCUGUACUAUCGGAAACUGCGUUCUUUGGAUAAUGAAUGCUUUUGUGAAGAUAUCUUGACUUCUACUUUGCUACAGGAUCAAGCUGUUGAACUCAACGCUCUUGUGGAUCAAUAUGACAACGUAUUGCGAUCCCUCUUGGAUCUCUAUGCCCCUUUAAAAUGGCGAACAGUAACAUUACGACUUAUAGUGCUCCCUGGUAUAAGCCGGAAGUGGUUGUACAGAAAAACAUCCGAGGGCGGUUAG